AUGGCGCCUAAGCGCAAGGCAGCGGCACUGACGGCUGCUGAUGCUGAAGCCGAGGACGGAUGGGACGACCAGGAUGAGGCGCCCAUGAGUGACCAGGAGACAUUCGAUCAGUUGAAGGAAGAGUUUGAUGUAAAAGCCAUGACGAAGCGCGCAAAAGCUGGCCGGGUCAGAGAUGCUGCAGCAGACCUCUUCAGGAAGUCUGACCAGUGGAACGCGCCGCUGAAGCCUGACCACCAGGACCGCCCUCUUUGGGUCAACGAUGCAGGCGGAAUCAUCCUCGAGUCAUUUCAUCCCCUCUUUGACGAGGCUCAAGACUUCUUGAUCAACAUCGCCGAACCGCAGUCGCGUGUCUCCAAGAUGCACGAGUACCAGCUUACCACGCACAGUCUUUUUGCAGCUGUUAGCGUUGGCCACUCCAGCAAGGAAAUUAUUGACAGACUAGACACGUAUUCCAAGACAGCCUUGUCUGAUACCAUUGUCGGCUUCAUACAAAAGUCAACGUCAGCAUUCGGCAAGGCAAAGAUUGUGCUGAAACAGACUCUCUCUUACAUCGAAAGUGAAGAUGCGGCCAUACUCCAGAAGCUCUUGCGCGACCCCAUCGUGGCCGAGUGUAGGGCAGAUACCUCUGGAGGGCUCAUUAAAGAGGCUGCGCCGAAGCUUGGUCAAAUGGUCAUUCCUGGCACAAAAAUGGCAGCUGGUGCCGCGGCGCAGCAACAGCAGCAGCAGCAGCAGCAGCAAACCGUCGUCGAUCAGCCUGCACCAAACGAUAUGAUGGUCACAUUAAGAGAAGACGAUGAUGAUGACGACGUGGCGCAAGUACACUCGUUCCAGAUCAAAAGUGAGGAUCGAGAGCGAGUGGUGAAACGCUGUCGUUCGAUCGGUCUGCCGCUGACAGAAGAGUAUGAUUUCAACAAUGAUUUCAACAACGCUACACUCGACAUCGAUCUCAAGCCCCACGCCCAGAUUCGAUACUAUCAAGAGAAGGCAUUGAGUAAGAUGUUUUCCAACUCUCGCGCGCGAUCGGGAAUCAUCGUGUUGCCGUGUGGCGCCGGCAAGACUCUUGUCGGCAUCACAGCUGCUUGUGGGGUGAAAAAGUCUGUCAUCGUCCUCUGUACCAGUGCCAUGUCGGUUGUUCAAUGGCGAGCAGAAUUCAUCAAAUGGUCCAACAUCAAUCCCGCCGAUAUUGCUGUCUUCACGGCAGAAAGCAAGACAAGAUUCCCCAACAAUGCAGGUAUCAUUGUGAGCACAUACUCUAUGAUCAGCAACGCUCGCAAGCGGUCACACGAUGCUGAGAAAGUGAUGGAAUUCAUUCGUAGUCGGGAGUGGGGCCUGCUGAUUGCUGACGAAGUGCACGUUGUUCCGGCCAAUAUCUUCAAGAAGGUCACAUAUGAGAUUGCGUCGCACGCCAAGCUCGGUCUUACAGCAACACUGCUUCGAGAAGAUGACAAGAUUGACGAUCUCAAUUUCCUCAUCGGGCCCAAACUUUAUGAAGCCAACUGGCAAGAGCUCUCUGAGCAGGGUCACAUUGCCAGGGUGCAGUGUGCUGAGGUUUGGUGUCAAAUGACACCGGAGUUCUAUACCGAGUGGUUGAAGCCAUCGUCGUUGCAAAAACGAGCACUGCUCUCCAUUAUGAACCCCAAGAAAUUUCAGGCCUGCGAAUAUCUCAUCAACUACCACGAGUCACGCGGUGACAAAAUCAUUGUAUUCUCUGACAAUGUCUACGCGCUACAGGCGUACGCGGUGAAGCUCAACAAAGCUUACAUCUUCGGCGGAACACCGCAAGCGGAGCGUAUUCAAAUUCUCGAAAACUUCCAACAUAAUAACAUAAUCAACACCAUCUUUCUGUCCAAGAUUGGAGAUACCAGCCUAGAUUUACCCGAGGCCACGUGCCUCAUUCAGAUCUCGUCGCACUAUGGAUCACGACGUCAAGAAGCACAGCGCCUAGGGCGCAUUCUACGGGCGAAACGAAGGAAUGACGAAGGAUUUAAUGCAUUUUUCUAUUCUUUAGUCUCCAAGGACACGGACGAAAUGUACUACUCGUCCAAACGUCAAGCCUUCCUCGUCGAUCAGGGCUAUGCCUUCAAGGUCAUCACCCGGCUCGAGGGCUUGGAAAAGUACGAAAAGCUCCACUUCUCGACACCACAAGAAAGAAGAGAGCUCCUCUUGGAGAUUCUCAUUGCUCGCGAUGAUGCUGGCAAUACGGAGACAAUCGCAGGCGAUGCUUUUGGAACCCAGUAUGCUGCCAGCAGGGGCAAGAAGAAUACUGGGGUGAGGAGGGCGGCCGGCACGCUAUCCGAACUCUCCGGAGGGCAGACCAUGGCCUACAUCGAGUAUAACAAGAGCAAGAACAAGGAGAUCAAGGGGACCAAGGGUGUCAAGAAUAGCUUCCUCAAAAAGCUUGCAAGGUCGAAGAAAGCAUAG